AUGGUGGAUAACUUGCAUACUGCGAUUACGGCUUUGUCUCUCCAUGAUGAAGAGCCGGUAGAUCUGCCGGACAAUCCAUGCUUCAGCGUUUUUGAGGAGAAUGCUUUGAGUCUUCUAGGAAGGCUUCUUAACCCUGAUUGUCAACCAAUGGACAAGAUGAUUGAAACUAUGCCAAUGGUGUGGAGAAUUAACGGCAGGGUCCGUGGAGUAGCUCUAUCUAACGAGAAGUUCCAAUUCAUAUUCCAGAGGGAAGAAGAUAUGGAGACUGUUCUUAAGGAUCGGCCUUGGUCUUAUAAUCAUUGGACCAUGUUGCUGGAUCGAUGGAUCCCGUCGCCGCCGGCGAAUUUUCUGACUACUGUUGAUGUUUGGGUCAGGAUCAGUAACAUUCCAGUCAAUCACUACCGCCUGGAGACUAUGGAUUUUUUGGCCUCUAAAGUGGGUAAAGUGGAAGAGAUUGCAUAUGAUCCUAAAGCUUCUCAAAAGGAGGCUUAUAUACGAGCUUUGGUACGUCUAGAUAUUGCUAAUCCUGCAAUUGCGAUAAAGCCACUGAAUCUUCCUUCAGGAGGGAGAGUCAUCAUUGAGUUUGAGUACGAAAAGUUGCGUAAACGGUGCUUUCACUGCCAGCGUUUAACCCAUGAAAGGCCAAGCUGCCCUUUUUUGAAGAAUAAGGCUGUGAUAAAGGAACGGAAGGACAAAGAAGAGGGAAGGAGGAAUCUGGUGGUGCCUCAAGGAAACACCACUCAUCGUAAUGACGCUCAGCUGGAUCAGAAGAAAAGAGAUGGGGAGCGCUUGUUUGCCCCGCCUGGUUUUGCUCCUCUUUUCCCAGAACUCUCUGGUACAGAGCGUAAUAUGGCACUGCAGUACAUCUCGCAUAGUGAUGCUACAGAGAGGCAAGCUAGGAUCACUCGUGUUCAACAAUCUCUAGAGCCGGGCUUUAUAGAGAAAGACGUGCAUCAUCCACGGAUAUCUCACGAUGUCAAUAAGGGGAAAGGGCAUGUUUUUAACUUUCAUGAUCAUGAUAGGCUUCAAAAACGUGCCUGUAGAACGGGCGAGGGUCAAGCCUUGUCGGAACCAGUUGGAGACCUUAGAAUCGUGUUGGCAUCAGGGGUAAACGACCAAGAGGCUUCUUCCUCUACCUCUCCUUUAGGGCCGACGGUGUUUCGUGUUGGCUCUUACUCAGGGAACCUCUCUACCGAGUCCAGGUUUGAUGGUAAGAAGAGUCGCCGCCGUCCUCAGAAAUGGAAACGUCUGAGGAAUCCCGAGAAAGUGUGCACAUCUGGGCCCCGACCUCAAACAGGAGAUUAUUCUUUGCUUCCUGACACUCGACAUCAUGAUGAUCUUGCACUAGGGACCACGUUGUCGAAGCGUAAAGCUCCCUUGAAUGUUGGAGAACAUUCUUCAAAAUCUCCAAAAACCUCUCAACCUACGGUGGCUUCCGAUUUGAAGCCGCUGCCAUCCCAAUGA